CUAACACUCUGAAUGAAAGCUGAAUCACUCGCCUGCACUCGUCAGCAUCAGUCGCCAUAACAAAAAGAUUCGAACUUUGUGGCCGGUGAGAUUCAGGAAAACCCGAGCGCACAAUCCCAGCACAACACUCUCUCCUGCAACUUCCAACUGUUCGCUGAUUCGCUCCUUCUUCUUUCCCCCUUCUCCUACCUGGGUUCGGAUCAAAGGACCCCCAGAGCUCAAACCUUCUCGCACUUUCCGCUCCAUCCAAACACCCUCUUUUACCGCGCACUGAGUCGCAUUCUGAAGAGGUACAUCCGCGGAAGAAUGGUUAUAGCUGUAGCGGUGCUAAUUCUGGGUGUCUUACUGGGAGCCUUGUUUCUGAUUCCACGAAAAUCUGGUAAAAGCGUUUUUGGGGUGCUUUCCAUGGUGGAUGUCUUGGUGUUUCUUUAUUCCCCGUGCAUUUUGUCAAUAGAUUUCCCAGUGGUGAUAUUCGAAAGUUUGAUUAUUUCAGCUGUCGCAGAAAAGAGCCGAACAAAUGCCGCCGAUAGAAAGAAGGUAUACGGAGUCUACAGUAAAGCCGAGAUCGCCUUGCAUAACAAGAGAACUGAUUGUUGGAUCAUUGUAAAGGACAGGGUUUUCGAUGUUACCUCUUAUGUAGAAGAACAUCCCGGUGGUGAUGCAAUUUUGACGAAUGCUGGGAGCGAUUCAACCGAAGGAUUUUAUGGCCCGCAACAUCCUGGUGGAGCUUUCCAAUUGAUUGAGGACUACUGCAUUGGAGAGCUGGAGAAGUAGUCAUCAAUCUGGUUUUCGGGCUCGUCUAGGUCCGCAUUGUAUUUGUAUCAACUUGUUUCUUCUCCUGGCCGUGCUGCUGAACUGCACUGUACCGUUUCUGAGAUUAACAUUAGCUUUUUAAGGGGAAUCCCUUGAGUUAGAGCAUGUUUAUGGCCUAUGCAUAAGAAGAUAGAUAUUAAGUUAUAGCCUGGAACUCAUUUGUGCCUGAACUUGCUACCCUGUGUUCUUUAUCUCAGCAAGCAUUAUCAUGUUAAACUUGCUUAGGAGGUUCUGUUAUUUGGGAAGUAUUGUGGAAGUAGUGUUAUUACGGAAGUAGGACUAAGUUGUGGUCUUUACCCUUUGUACUUAGGAAAGGCUUCUUUGCUAUAUAUGAUGCAUCGGCAAGCCUAGUGAAACAAGCAGAAUGAGUAUUGAAGUUAAA